AUGCGUCCUAUCCUCCUCUCCGGACACGAGCGCUCGCUCACCCAGGUCAAGUUCAACCGAGAGGGUGACCUUCUCUUCUCCGUUUCCAAGGACAACGUCAUCAAUGCCUGGUUCUCCCACAACGGAGAGCGGCUCGGAACCUACGAUGGCCACAACGGUACCGUCUGGUCCGUCGACGUCGAUGCUUCAUCCGAGCUCCUCAUCUCCGGCUCCGCCGACAACCAGAUGAGGCUCUGGGAGGUCGCAACGGGCAAGUGCCUGUACACUUGGGAGUUCAACACCGCCGCCAAGCGCGUCGCCUUUUCCGAGGACAACACCCAGGUCCUCGUCGUCAACGAGGCCCGCAUGGGCUUCCGCGGAACGCUGCAGGUCUUCCGUCUCAACCGCGACCCCGCCACUUGGUCGCAGCAGAACCCCGAGCCUAUCCGCACCAUUACCUUCUCCGGUCCCAAGGCCGUCGUCGCCGCCUUUGCGCCCCUCGACCAGUACAUCAUCACCGGCCACGAGAACGGAAAGGUGGCAAUGUACUACCACGACGACAAGGAGCCGGAGAGCGGCAUCGAUGCCGAGCUCGAGGAAAACUCUGUCGACGCUCAUGGCGGAGAGAUGAUCACAGACCUGCAGAUGAGCCCAGACAGGACAUACUUUGCCACCAGCGGAAAGGACAAAACCGCAAAGCUCAUCGACACCAAGUCGCUCGCCAUCCUCAAAACGUUUGCCACCGAGACGCCACUAAACAGCGCCUCGAUCCACCCCACGAAGCCAUUUGUCAUUGUCGGAGGUGGUCAGGAGGCGAUGAACGUUACGACGACGAGCGCGAGGCAGGGACGUUUCGAGACGCGGUUCUGGCACAAGGUGUUUGAGGAGGAGUGCGCAAGGCUGCCCGGCCACUUCGGACCGAUCAACACCAUCGCCAUCCACCCGGCAGGCAAGGCGUACGCUUCGGGAGGAGAAGAUGGCUACGUCCGCGUCAACUGGUUCGACCCUGGCUUCUUCAGCUCCAAGCUCUACGGACCGGAUCUCGAGCUCGCGCUCGAGGACCAGUAG